AUGGCAGCUGUACCCCGAUACUCCGGGAAAGUGGUGGUGGUAACUGGGGGUGCUCGUGGCAUCGGGGCUGGGAUCGUGAGAGCCUUUGUUUUCUCCCUCUCUUUGUUGGCAGUGGACAGUGGAGCUCAAGUGGUUUUCUGUGACAAGGACGAGGCCGGGGGCCGGGCUCUGGAGCAGGAACUCUCGGGCACCGUCUUCGUCCGUUGUGAUGUGACUCAGGAAGGAGAUUUGCAGACUCUGAUUUCCGAGACCCUCUCUCGGUUUGGCCACCUGGAUUGUGUGGUGAACAAUGCCGGCUACCACCCACCUGCGCAGUGGCCUGAGGAGACUUCUGCCCAGGACUUUCGCCAGCUGCUGGAGCUGAACCUACUGGGGACAUACACCCUGACCAAGCUUGCCCUCCCCCACCUGCGGAAGUGCAGAGGCAACGUCAUCAACAUCUCCAGCCUGGUUGGGACCAUCGGCCAGUCCCAGGCAGUUACCUACGUGGCUACCAAGGGGGCGGUGACAGCCAUGACAAAAGCCCUGGCCUUGGAUGAGAGCAGAUACGGUGUCCGCGUCAACUGCAUCUCCCCGGGGAACAUCUGGACUCCACUGUGGGAAGAGCUGGCGGCCUCCACCUCAGACCCCCGUGCCACCAUCCUAGAAGGCACCUUGGCCCAGCCCCUGGGCCGCAUGGGCCAGCCAGCUGAGGUGGGAGCUGCAGCUGUGUUCCUGGCCUCUGAAGCCACCUUCUGUACAGGGCUUGAGCUUCUUGUGACAGGGGGUGCAGAAUUGGGGUAUGGGCGUAAGUCUACUAGGAGCAGCCUCAUGGGAGCCCCUAGUCUCCCACCCUAAUUCCCACUGACCUACGUCCUACCUACCUGUCUUUCCCUUUCCUUUCUUUUUUUGUGUAGUACUGGAGAUUAAACCUAGGACUUUUUUUGUGCUAGACAUAGCUCCACCACUGAAUGACACUGGGGUACCUCACUGGGGGUUCUCGACAGGGCUCCCCACUGAAUGACACUGGGGUACCUCACUGGGGGUUCUCGGCAGGGCUCCCCACUGAAUGACACUGGGGUACCUCACUGGGGGUUCUCGGCAGGGCUCCCCACUGAAUGACACUGGGGUACCUCACUGGGGGUUCUCGGCAGGGCUCCCCACUGAAUGACACCCGGGUAUAUCACUGGGGGUUCUAGGCAGGGGAUCUACCACUGAGCCACACCCCAGUAUCUCACAGGGAGUUCUAGGCAGGGCUCCACCAUUGAAUUACACCAGGGUACCUCACUGGGGGUUCUAGGCAGGGCUCCCCACUGAAUUACACCGGGGUACCUCACUGGGGGUUCUAGGCAGGGCUUCACCACUGACUGUCAGUUCACAAAGAAACUCAGGACAAAUGGCUACCAUGAUGCCUAUGCAUUUGUAGCAAAGCCCAGGCUGUCAGCCAGGUUCACACAAAGCCUGUGGCUUCUCUGCGCUUUCCCAUCCUUGUCCCCUACUCUAAACCUCUCCACCCCUGGAACUUAACUCGUCUUCCCGCAGCUUCUGAUUCCCACACAAACCUGUCAUUUCAGCCGCAUCUCCCCCUCCCCCAUGGCCCAGUUCAGUCUGGACUCUUCCAGAUGCCCCUGGCUGUAUUCUCAUUCAUAUAUAUAUAUAUAUAUAUAUAUAUAUAUAUAUAUAUAUAUAUUAAAACCUUCUCCUCAGCCAUACCUUGGUGUGAUCAUCAUUUCAUCCACGAACCACAACCGCAGCCCCUCACUGGGGGAUUCUAGGCAGGGGCUUUACCACCAAGCCACACCUCUGGAACUUUAGAACCUUACUGGGGGAUUCUAGUCAUUUGCUCUACCACUGCCCCAAACUCCUGCUUCUCACUAGGUUCCCCCUCCCUCAUCUAGCAUUUCUCUCCUCAAAUUUCCAACUGUACCCCCUAUCUCCCAGGGUUUGAAAGACCUGGAUAAAUCCAGACCCCCAAAAAAUAGAGCCAAAAAUCUUAAGCAGGAAGAGAAGAGCCAAAAAUCUAGGUUAGCCGGUUCAGUGACUCUGUUUUAGGAACUAGCUGAAGACAAAUUUAGAUUAUAAUCUUGAGAAACGGGGAGUUACCCCCUUGUGAUUAUCACUGGUAUUUUCGGGAUUUUUCAAUGAUCACUGGUAUUUUCGGGAUUUUUCAAUAAUCACUGGUAUUUUCGGAAUUUUUCAAUGACGCCCUCCCUACCCCCUUUGGAUUACUGGGUUGUGGUU